GGGAGCUGAGGGACGCUAUUGGUCGGUGGCGCGCUCGUCGGCUCCGCGCUAGGCUGAGACGGGAGGGUCCUCGGCUAAAGCCCAAGGCAGAGCAAAGUGGUGGGACUCGCGUUGCGGCCGCGGAGAUUAGAAGGAGGACUCCGGAUCCGGCUCGGCGCUCGCCCUCGCUUCGCCAUGGAGAAGACCGAGCUGAUCCAGAAGGCCAAGCUGGCCGAGCAGGCCGAGCGCUACGACGACAUGGCCACCUGCAUGAAAGCCGUGACGGAGCAGGGCGCCGAGCUGUCCAACGAGGAGCGCAACCUGCUGUCGGUGGCCUACAAGAACGUGGUCGGGGGCCGCAGGUCCGCCUGGAGGGUCAUCUCGAGCAUCGAGCAGAAGACCGACACCUCUGACAAGAAGUUGCAGCUGAUCAAGGACUAUCGGGAGAAAGUGGAGUCGGAGCUGAGGUCCAUCUGCACCACGGUCCUGGAAUUGUUGGAUAAGUAUUUAAUAGCCAAUGCAACUAAUCCAGAGAGUAAGGUCUUCUAUCUGAAGAUGAAGGGAGAUUAUUUCCGGUAUCUUGCUGAAGUAGCAUGUGGCGACGAUCGAAAACAAACGAUAGAUAAUUCCCAAGGAGCCUACCAAGAGGCAUUUGAUAUAAGCAAGAAAGAGAUGCAACCUACACACCCAAUCCGCCUGGGGCUGGCUCUUAACUUUUCUGUAUUUUACUAUGAGAUCCUUAAUAAUCCUGAGCUUGCCUGCACACUGGCCAAAACGGCUUUUGAUGAGGCCAUCGCAGAGCUUGAUACACUGAAUGAAGACUCCUACAAAGACAGCACCCUCAUCAUGCAGUUGCUUAGAGACAACUUAACAUUAUGGACAUCAGACAGUGCAGGAGAAGAAUGUGAUGCAGCGGAGGGAGCUGAAAACUAAAGGCAUCCAGGGUGCCGUCCUCCGUCCCCUCAAGAAAACCUUUUUACAUCUCCAUUCCUUAUUCCACUUGGAUUUCCUCUAGCAAGGAAGCCCAUUCAUGUGUAUGGGAUCAACUGUUUAUAGUCUUUUCACACUGCAGCUUUGGGAAACUCCAUCCCUUGAUUUGUGUUGUCUCGGCCUUCCUGGUGUGCAGUUACUGCUGUAGAAAAGUAUCAAUAGCUUCAUUUCAUAUAAACACGAGUAACUUCCAGACACUUGUGUAGAGGACUGACAGUGCAUUUGGUAUUUAAGUAAUCUGAACCAGUUCUGCAAGUGGCUGUGUUUUGUAUUACUGUGAAGAUAUGGAAAUGUAGUACAUUACAAUUUAAAGUAAUUGUAAUAAUAAUUUCCUGAUUUCUACAUCCCCUUUCCGAUCCUUUGAGGGGUUUCCUUUCAGAAGCAACUUUUCCAUACUUGUACUGCAUAUUCUUUUUUUUUUUUUUUUUUUAAAGUAGAAAUCCAGAAGUGUUAGAUUGAAUGGGAAAGCUCUUAAUGCAUCUGGUCUUGGAGUCACAGAUCAAAAUAUCUCCUAUGUAACACAUUCUGGAGGUUACUUCUGUCUGUGACAACAGGGAAUUUCUUUAUGCAUUCUUCAUUUGCUGCUGUUUGAGUUGACAACUUCCUUCCCAAUAAAAAUUCACUUACACCUCC